AUGUUGAGGAAGAAGAAGAAAAAAGGGGGAGAAGAAGAAGAAGAAGAAGAAGAAGAUGGUGGUGAUGAUGAUGACUAUGAUAAAGAUGAAGCUGAUUUAGUAAACGUUACCGUUGAUUUAGAAGUCAAUAUUUUGAUCGUCGUCUGCAUAAUACCAGUUGAAUAACU